GCACCUAAUGGCUAGCUGUGCUACCCGCAGAGCCAGCCCAGGCGUCAGGGCCUUAUGUGGAGAUCAUCGAGCAGCCCAAACAGCGGGGCAUGCGCUUCCGCUACAAGUGCGAGGGUCGCUCAGCGGGCAGCAUUCCUGGAGAGAGGAGCACCGACACCACUAAGACGCACCCCACCAUCAAGAUCAAUGGCUACACAGGACCAGGAACAGUUCGUAUCUCCCUGGUCACCAAGGACCCACCUCACCGGCCUCAUCCACAUGAGCUUGUGGGGAAGGACUGCCGGGAUGGUUUCUACGAGGCUGAACUCUGCCCAGACCGCAGCAUCCACAGCUUCCAGAACCUGGGGAUCCAGUGUGUGAAGAAGCGAGACUUGGAGCAAGCCAUUAGCCAGCGCAUCCAGACCAACAAUAACCCCUUUCAAGUUCCCAUAGAGGAGCAGCGUGGGGACUAUGACCUGAAUGCAGUGCGCCUCUGCUUCCAGGUGACAGUGCGGGACACAUCCGGCAGGCCCCUCCGCCUCACACCUGUCCUCUCUCAUCCUAUUUUUGAUAACCGCGCCCCCAACACUGCCGAGCUCAAGAUCUGCAGAGUGAACCGAAACUCUGGAAGCUGCCUUGGUGGGGAUGAGAUCUUCUUGCUGUGUGACAAGGUGCAGAAAGAAGACAUUGAGGUGUAUUUCACCGGACCAGGCUGGGAGGCACGAGGCUCCUUUUCUCAAGCUGACGUGCACCGGCAAGUGGCCAUUGUGUUCCGGACUCCUCCGUAUGCUGACCCCAGCCUGCAGGCUCCCGUGCGCGUCUCCAUGCAGCUUCGGCGGCCUUCUGAUCGGGAGCUUAGCGAGCCCAUGGAGUUCCAGUACCUGCCAGACACAGAUGAUCGCCACCGGAUUGAAGAGAAACGCAAAAGGACCUAUGAGACCUUCAAAAGCAUCAUGAAGAAGAGUCCUUUCAAUGGACCAACCGAACCCCGGCCUCCACCCCGGCGUAUUGCUGUGCCUUCUCGAAGCUCAGCUUCUGUCCCCAAGCCAGCCCCGCAGCCCUAUACCUUUCCAACAUCCCUCAGUACCAUCAACUUUGAUGAGUUUUCCCCCAUGGUGUUACCAUCUGGGCAGAUCUCAAACCAGGCCUUGGCUUUGGCACCGUCCUCUGCCCCAGUCCUGGCCCAGACCCUGGUCCCCUCCUCAGCUAUGGUCCCAGCUCUGGCUCAGCCCCAAGCCCCUGUCCCAGUUCUAGCCCCUGGUCCUCCCCAGUCCCUGGCUGCACCUGUUCCAAAGACCGCCCAGGCCGGGGAGGGCACACUGUCUGAAGCCCUGCUGCACCUGCAGUUUGACGCUGAUGAAGACUUGGGGGCCUUGCUUGGCAACAGCACAGACCCAGGUGUGUUCACAGACCUGGCAUCUGUCGACAACUCAGAGUUCCAGCAGCUCCUCAACCAGGGGGUGUCCAUGUCUCACCCCACAGCUGAGCCCAUGCUGAUGGAGUACCCCGAAGCUAUAACUCGCCUGGUGACAGGGUCCCAGAGGCCCCCUGACCCAGCUCCCACACCCCUGGGGACCUCAGGGCUUCCCAAUGGCCUCGCCGGGGAUGAAGACUUCUCCUCCAUUGCGGACAUGGACUUCUCAGCUCUUUUGAGUCAGAUCAGCUCCUAAGGCGCUGACAGUGACCUUGCUCCGAGCACCAGGUUUCAGGGCACUGAAGCCUUUCCAAAGCACAGAUUCUGCGGUGUGUGCUCCGACUGCCCCGAUGCCUUCGGGCAGCACCCUUUUUCUUUCAUUGGCAGUAUCUCACUCUCUUUUUGGAGGUGCUUAAGCAGAAGCAUUAACUUCUCUGGAAAUGGAGCUGGGAGAAGGCGGGCUCUUCCUGGUGGGGAACUCUGGGAUCCCUCUUCUCCCAUCCUGCAGCUUCUAGCACUCCUCGAGAGGGGGCAGCUGGAGCUGAGGCCUUAGGGCCAGAAAGCCUUAUUAUCAAGUGUCUUCCUCAACACGACUUCCUGUACCCCUUGAUCCAAAGCAGUGCUCCUAACAGCAGCCCCUGUGUGGCGUUGCCUGACACUGGCACCUGAGGGGCUGCUUUUCUGGCCUGUGCAGCUCCUGCCUUGCCAGCUCUUUAAUGCUGAGCUGUGGCUGAGGAGAACAGGUGGGACAGUGCUGGCCACCUUCAGGAUCCUGAGGGAGUUUGGUCUGAGACAUCCCUGCUCCCCCCUUUUCUCAAGUGCCUUAAUAGCAGGGCAAAUUGUAUAGCAUCAGGAGGGCAGGCUAGCAGCUCAGCUACGAGACAGUCUUUACUGAGAAAGCUAUUGGACUCUUGCUCUUUCUAACUCUGAACUAAUAAAUGUGUUACCACGCUGGCGAGAGAAUCGCCAUCUUUCAGCAAACACUGAACACACUCUGCUGGUCAUUUCAGGU